AUGCCGUGCUGUGUUGCCACACUGCACUAUCUUGGGUGCCAACAUCGCAUGCUCUACAAGCUUCAUUGCACGACCUUUCAAUGCGAUGAGCAUUCCAUGUGCCCUCGAGAGCGUCAGAGCGUCCUUCUAGCAGCUAGAUACAGAUGGUCUUGCGAAGACUGCACCCGCCGUCAACACAGGAUCGAAGACAAUGAGCGUGCCAACAAAUGGACCGAAAAGGUUGUGAUGCUGGCCGGAGACGUAAACUUGAGCAAGGACGAUUGGAGGAAUUCUUACCGACUUCUUGAACUAAGAAGUGACUUCACGGAAGCCAAGUUGCGCAAGAAGCGUACGAAACAAUUGUCUGAAAUUCAACGGGCUGAGAAAUGGGUCCACGAGUACGCAUGGACGAUCCUCGAGUUGCUCCACGGAGAUGACGACUUUGAAGACAUUUCCUCGGAGGACGGCGACAUAUCCAUGUCAGGAGUGGAGGAUAAGCAGCUUCAAGCCUCUCACGCAGUUGAUGUCCCAAUGCUAGAAGCUGGGCCCGAACAGGACGAAGAGGGACAAGAACAGCAAGAUGUUGAAAUGGGAGGGCAGCAGGGAAUAUCUUCAGAGCCAAGCUACAACUCUGAUGCCGAAGCUCAGCUGGAAAGACUUGAGGAAAUGUUCCUGGCCAAAGACAACGACCUGAUUCUUGUUCGAGAUGCUUCUGGGACGGCCUGUCGCCAGCAGGUGACUCAGAAAGGAGCGGCUCGGCCUUUCGGCUCGGCCGCUGCGUCCAAGUCUGCCGCAAUGCCAGCUGCUGAAACAGAAUCCAACAUCCGGGAACCCAAAACCCCGCCAGUUCUCUCGUUUCUGGGUGGAAUCCCAGCCUGGGGCGCUGGCCUGAGGUAG